UGACCCCCUCAGAUCAGCGGCUGUGGACGUCUGCAAAAUGGAGGACCGUGAAGCUAAAGAGCCCGAGCAGCUCAGAAAGCUGUUUAUUGGAGGUCUGAGCUUUGAAACCACUGAGGAGAGUUUACGGGCCCAUUUCGAACAAUGGGGAACUCUCACGGACUGCGUUGUGAUGAGGGACCCCAACAGCAAGCGAUCAAGAGGGUUUGGCUUUGUGACAUAUGCAGCUGUAGAGGAAGUCGACGAGGCCAUGAAAGCAAGGCCCCAUAAAGUAGAUGGCCGAGUUGUUGAACCCAAGAGGGCGGUGUCCAGAGAGGACUCCAAUAAACCAGGCGCACAUCUGACGGUGAAAAAGAUCUUUGUCGGUGGUAUCAAGGAGGACACGGAGGAGUACCACAUUCGGGAACAUUUUGAAAAAUAUGGAAAGAUUGAAUGCAUUGAUAUCAUGGAAGAACGCUCCACUGGGAAGAAGAGAGGAUUCUGCUUCGUCUCCUUUGAUGACCAUGACACUGUAGACAAAAUUGUUGCCCAGAAAUUCCACACAAUCAACUUCCACAAUUGUGAGGUCAGAAAAGCACUCUCAAAACAGGAAAUGAGUGCUAUGUCUACUAACCGGGGCAGGAGUGGAGGAUCUGGAAACUUCAUGGGGAGAGGAAGUAAUUUUGGAGGUGGUGGCAACUUUGGUCGAGGUGGCUAUGGUGGAGGACGAGGUGGUUAUGGCGACGAUUUUGACAAUGGUCCAGGAGGAAAUUAUGGUGGAGGACCAGGUUAUGGUGGUGGCCGUGGGGGCUAUGGAGGUGGUGGUCCAGGAUAUGGCAACCAGGGUGGGGGAUUUGGUGGCAGCUGUGAUGGAGGUUACGGAGGCAAUGACGGAGGAUAUGGAGGAGGUGGAAAUUACAACGACUUUGGAAAUUAUGGUGGACAACAGUCCAACUAUGGACCCAUGAAGGGAAACAACUUUGGUGGCAGAAACUCGGGUGGAGGAGGACCCUAUGGCGGUGGCUACAGCUCUGGUGGCGGCGGCGGAGGGGGCUAUGGCUCACGGCGAUACUAAUUAUUUCACCUUUUGAUGUGGAAAGAGGCAUUCUCUUCUUGCUGAAAAUCUGUAGAGACCUGAUAACAUGGAAGGUUCUGGAUGGGUAAGACUUUUUCAAAAUAUUAUCAAAGGCUGCUCAUAUUGUAAUCGUACAGUUCACAUGGUGAUUAUACAAGGUGCAAGGGUUCUUUUAAGGUAAGCCAAGCAGGAUGACAUCAAUUAUUGCUACACUUUGACUAGAAUGAGCCUUUGACCUUCACCACACUGACUGGAAUACCUUUAAGGCAAAGUAUGUUUCCAUGUCAAAGAUAUAAUAAGAUAAAAUUGAAAGGAAACAAAACAAAUCUUGCUCUGAAACAGUAUUUACACCCAGUGGCUAUUACAAUUUAAAACAGCAGAUGUGCCGUUUACUCAAUUCAAAGUUGAGGUUUGUUUUUCUUACGUUGUUAAAGGUGUGUUCAUUCAAUUACAUGUUUAUCACUGAGGUCAUAGUUAAAGGUGGGGUUGUAACCGACAACAUUAUAUUGAGAAUUGAUAGCAUUUUUUAUCUUCCGUAUUACAUAAAAUGAAGGGGAUGGUAGUCCAGUAACACACUACUAACUAUAACCUUAAUGUUAAAACAUAAGUGAAUUAACCACUUUAUGACAAAAAAGAACAUAAGCCUUCAUGAAAGUAGACUUGAUGGCAUAAUAGUUGUAUCUGAUGCAUUAUAUUGUACAGGGGUACCUUAUAAAGUGGCCACAGAGUUUUUAUAAUAUAUAUUUUUGUAUAAUAUUCACUUUUAUAAGGCAGUUAUAAAGCAACAUGAUCAUCCCCCCCCCCCCCCAAACAAAUAUAUAUAUAUUUAGGAAAUUAUUCUAGUACUUAAGGCAGUCAAAUGGAAAAAUGAGCAAACUGUAUUAAAAAGAAGUACUGUGUUCACAACUUGAAACAUACCAAUAGUGGUAUGACAAACGCAAUAUAUGCACUCUGUCCAAAAAGUGUAAGCAUAGAUGAUUUUCAAAAAAAACUUUUUCAUUAAGUGCUGAUAUUUUGUCCAAACCCAAGUAAGUUGAAAAACGAGAACUCCAGACCCUCUGCGACUCUGUUUGUGAUUACUGUUCUUAAAGAUGUGCUAAUUUUACAGAAAGUGGUUUAACAUGGUAAGUUUAAACAUGCAUUCCAAUUACACAUCUUAAUAAAAUAAUAUAUUCACAUUUUGGAUUAUGUAACUUCCUUGAGAGUGAUGUUUAUCAAACAGACUUAUGUCUGUGUGAAACGAGUCACUCUCAUCAGUGGUUGUAAAAUGAACUCCAUGAUUACCUACUACAAAUUUUAUUGCGUUUUAAGGAGUUCAUACGUACUGUCAGGAUUCCGUGCAGGUCAGGCCUACUCAAGUCUGAAAAAGGAGAAACAAUACCUGCUGAUAUGUUUCACAAUGAGUUGAAGGAUAGUGUUUCUGCAGAGGAAUGUAGAAUGACCAACUCAGUUACACAGAAUAAAGCUGUGCUCGGCAAAAGCACACCACUGUCAAUGAACUGUUUGCUAAACAAUAAGAUAUGUUAAGUGAUUCUUGUGCUGUUAAAUAAAGAUAUUUUCCAUGA